GACUUAGUAAUAAACGUUUUUAUUAAUAGUCCUGUUACAUACACAAGAAUAUUGUAUAAAAGGAACAGCAAAAAUGGAUAUUAUGGAAGAUGGGAAUUUAGUAGAUCGAGUUAGAAUUUUGUUACAACGAGAUAUGCAAUAUUACCAGGAAAUGCAAACGGUGUUAAAGGAACCGCUCUGUACGCGUGUCAGCGGUGGGACUCUCGAUUUUCCAAGACACGCAUCAUUCGCUGCUGUUAAAAUCGUUACUUGGUGGGAAGUAGACUUCGUGUCCGCUUUUAAGUGUCAUUCGGGAUUAACGCAUUCAAUGGAAAGCGAAAUAUCCGCGGCCGUCGAGGGUGAAGAAGGUGCUAUUAAAAAAAUUCAACCGAGCGAAUUCGUAUUGCUUGUGGUUGAUACCGCUGAUAAGCUAUUAGAACAUUUGCAUCUGCUUAUCCAAGAAUCGUUAGAUCACGCAGAUUUGACGGUAUUAACAGCCACGUUGGGAGCGGCCGCGUUAGUUCGAAACUGCCUUUGGUGUUACAAUCAGCAAACUAAAAAUUCAAUUUCUUCUCAGUCAAGCGAGAAAUUAAACAAAUCGUAUAAAUCCUAUCACGAAAUGGCUGAGGCUGUGGCGGAGCGAUUAUUGGAUUUGCACUGUCGUCUGAUUUCUCUUUACAUACUCAACGAAGCUGACUCGCUUAAUUGGCAGAGUACCAAACCAUUUUUUGAACGGGAGCGGUGCUCUUUUGUAAUACAAAUGUGGUGGCUGUACAUGCAAGGAACGAAGACGGAUUUGUGGAGUACUGUGUCCCCAAGAAUGGCACAACGCGUUUACUCCGGGAUGUUAAACGAAUCUCUGUCAAUUAUCGUUACGCGGUUCAUAUAUGGCAAGCCGAGUUUGGCACGAUCUGAACAGUUCUGGACUGACGCUUUCAAUGUUCUGUGCUGCACUGGAUACCUUGCUUUAGGUGUCUGUACAAGCGCUGAUGAAAUGAUCGGAACGAAAUUAAACAAACUACCAAUCGUUGUCAGAGAUAUACACGCGAAGUGCAACGAAUUGUUGAUUUGCUUACUGCUAAGAGGUACACCUCUUCGAGAACUAUAUCAGGCAUUCCGAGUUGGAUUCGACAAUCUAGUAAUGUUGCAACCACGUCGCGAACCUGCUCCUUGGUUACUGAUAUGUGCACCGAACUUAUUAGGCUCAAUCGAUUCCGACGUUUAUAUUUCAAAAUUAUCCGAAGAUCGUGCUGUGAUCUUAGAAUUGAAUAUACUUAGGCAUCAGCCACAACCGAACUGGACUCAAUUGAUGAAAGUACUCUUUAUGAACGAUUAUGCGGUAGCUAAAAUAUUACUGAAUACUUUAAUUAAAAAAUGCGGUGACUUCACGUCUAAAGACGAUUUCGAACAUUCUGGGAAAGUAAAUGGGAAGACUUGCGGGGGUUUUUUAUGCAGCGGUGUAACGUGCGAUCCGUCGAGAAAAGUAACGCCAACAUUGGGCCUUUAUAGUUUAACGUAUAUUUUAAUUUAUGCAGCGCACGACCCAGGCCGCGUAAUUAUACCAGCUUUAAACCAAAACAAUGAUUGGUCCGAAUACCUGAAUCGACAACAGGUCUGGAAUCAGUCGAGGCCACCCUGGCUAAAUGCCAUCUUAAACCCUCUAAAGAAUAUGAUGCAGCCCAUUAUUGAAAUCCUUUUAGAAGCCGUGAAAACUGGCGCUAGCACGUAUCAGGCAAUGUCAUUGGUAAUCGGCUGCUUUGCUGAAUUAUACGUAACAUUACCACCUUCGGUUUUAAAGAUAGCAAUAGCGUUGGACAGUAACAUUCCUGCUCACUGUCAUCCGAUUGGUGGGAACGUUCUUCUUCAUAUUCUCUGCGCAUCUCUUUAUACUGCCCUUAUAGAAUACUCGAAAACUUGUGAAGCGAAAGUAGAAGGAAGUUCAACGUUGACAGAAACGAAUUACGAAUCGAAUUUCUUUGAUCCUAACGACUUAUCAGGAACUGUGAUCGCAUUGUCGGAAGCUAUUUGUAGCAUCGAUGAAGACAACAAGCACACGUCUCAAAUUGACGACUUCUUUAAGCUUGUAAAAAACGAUGUGAAUGCAUCGAAAACGAGUUCGCAUACGAAGAAUUUGAACAACCUGACUCCUAUCAUUGAAACUUAUACGGAUGAAUUAUUAUUCACUAUUCCUGGACGCCAGGCAUUAAGAGUGAUGCACGAGAUUUUAACACGCGCAUCCGAUUUGGUGUUAAAUAACUUGCGGCAAAAUAAUACGAAAAAUAUUAUAGACGAUAUACCAGAAAUUUUGCCAUUUGUUAAACCUUUGACUCACGUAAUGUUCCAUAUCGAGGAUGUCCUGUUUGAUCAGUUCUUUACCCAGUACGAAAAAACGAAUUGGAAUAAAAUUUUAUCGAUGCCUCUUUCAAUCACUGCGAAACGUGCGCGGAGCCAACUUCUAUUGCGCCCAGAAUUUAAAAAUAUUGGUGAAUUAUCUUGCGAAGAUAGGGAAGCAGUAUGUUUACUCAAAAAACUUUGUUCAGCCGUGAAAUGAAUGCACUUUAAAUAAUUCUGUAAUGGAAGAUGAAUGAAGGUGGAUGUACGAAGCAUUCAAUAUUUAAAAUAUUCUAUUAUUGCAUGCGGAAUAAAUAAAAAUGAUUAAUCAGGAUAGAAUAG